AUGCAUUAUCGACUCCUCUUACUCUUAUGGAUUACACAGCGCGUAGUAACUCAAGCAAAUGACGAUUUCGACGUGCUCGAUUUCAUCGACCCACUCAUCGGCUCUAAUAAUGGCGGUAACGUGUUUUGCGGCGCCACACUACCUUAUGGAAUGGCAAAAGCAUCCGCCGACGUCGACGGGCAGAAUACUGGCGGCUUCUCCACAGACGGAAGCAACGUCAUUGGGUUUUCAAGCCUUCAUGACUCGGGCACCGGGGGCAAUCCUUCGCUGGGGAACUUCCCUCUGUUUCCACAGCUGUGCCCGGAAAACGACAUCGACAAUUGCCUCUUCUCCAAGCAGGCUCGGGCCACGCCCUACGUCAACGACUCGGUGGUCGCCCGGCCGGGAUACUUUGCGCUGACCCUGCAGAAUGGUAUCUACGCCGAGAUGACCGUCUCAAAGCAUACCGCGCUUUACAAUUUCAGAUUUCCCGAUGCGAGCACGAGCGAUGGUGACCAAGUUGUUCCGAUGAUCUUGCUGGAUCUUACGGAUCUGUGGGACAGUCGCCAGAACGCAACGUUUGAGGUCCAGGACUCGCGAAUGACGGGCAAUGGCACCUUUCUGCCGAGCUUUGGAGCCGGGUCGUAUGAAGUGCAUUUUUGUGUGGAUUUCUUCGGCCAUGUGGAUUCCGUGUACGACAGCGGCGUCUGGGUCAAUGAAAGAGGCGGCGUCGAUCAACAGAGCAUAUUUGUCACGCGGGGCUUCAACAACUUCUACCUGCAGGCAGGCGGAUUCGCGCGGUUCCAGCCUGGAGCAAACAGGACAAUCACCGCCAGGAUGGGCGUGAGCUUCGUCAGCGUGGAAAAGGCGUGCGCGAAUGCACAGGCGGAAAUCCCGCGACCUCUUUCGGAUUUCAACAGUACCAGGAAGACGGUGGAGGAUGCUUGGAGGGAGAAGUUGAGUCCACUUACGUUGGAAGUUGGGGACGUUAGCCGUGAUCUUCAGACGAAUUUUUGGAGCUCGCUCUACCGGACGAUGAUAUCCCCACAGGACUACACAGGCGAAAAUCCCCGGUGGGACUCCUCGGUCUACUACGAUUCCUUCUACUGCUUGUGGGACCAGUUCCGCUCUCAGCUGCCAAUGCUGACCAUUUUGGAUCCAGUGACGUACUCGGAUAUGCUGAAGAGCCUUCUGUUUACUUUCCAAAAUGAGGGAUGGCUUCCUGACUGCCGAAUGUCGCUGAGCAAGGGUUGGACGCAGGGGGGGUCAAAUGCAGACGUGGUGCUUGUGGACGCGUAUUUCAAGAACGUCACUGGCAUCGAUUGGGACACAGCGUGGGAAGCAGUCGUGAACGACGCCGAAAACGAGCCAUUGGAAUGGUCGAAGGAAGGGAGAGGCGGACUAGUAUCCUGGAAGAAGCUAGGCUACAUCCCAGCUCUCGACUUUGAUUAUCUCGGUUUUGGGACGAACUCGAGAAGCAUCUCCCGUACCCUGGAGUACUCUUACAACGACUUCUGCAUCGGUGCAUUCGGAAGGUCCUCUGGGAAGGAGGGAUACGAAACUUACUUGGCUCGGGGCAACAACUGGAAGAACCUGUUCAAGGAAGACCAAACGUCGGUAAUCAACGGGACGGACCCAGGCUUCGUUGGUUUCUUCCAGCCAAAGUACUUGAACGCGACAUGGGGCUUUCAAGAUCCCAUUUCAUGCAGUCCUAUUGCUGGGUUUUGCUCGCUGACUACAAACCCAUCGGAGACGUUUGAAUCCAGUAUUUGGCAAUAUCAAUUUUUUGUGCCGCACGAUAUCGAGACACUGAUAUCAAAAUUUGGUGGCGACCAACGCUUCGUGGACCGACUCGACUACUUUCAUGAGUCCCCGCUCGUGGAUAUUGGCAACGAGCCUGUGUUUUUGAGCGUGUUCCAGUAUCAUUACGCCGGAAGACCUGGGCUUUCAUCGAGGCGCUCACAUUACUACAUACCUUCCCGCUUCAACACCUCAUACAGCGGUCUGCCUGGGAAUGAUGACAGUGGUGCCAUGGGCUCGUUUGCGGCCUUCAACAUGAUGGGGCUGUUCCCCAAUCCCGGACAGAAUGUCUACCUGAUCAUUCCACCCUACUUUCCCAGCGUGCAGGUGCGGCACCCGUUGACGAAUCGUACCGCGACAAUCCGGACGGAGAAUUUCGACUCGGCGUACGUAAACGUCUUCAUCCAGAACGCGACGCUGAACGGAGAGCCGUACACCAAGAAUUGGAUUGGGCACGACUUCUUUACGCAGGGCGGCGAACUGGCGCUGACGUUAGGAAGCGAGGAGAGUAGCUGGGGGAGGGCUGUGGAGGAUCGCCCGCCGUCCGAGACUGGGGGAGAUCAAAGUGCGGAGGCCACGUGGGAAGUUUAG